AUGAAUCAGGAACAACAACAACAACAAGCCAGCUCGCCGAAUUCAACAAAGGCAGGCCUGCUGAAGCGCUCAGCACGCAUUAUGUGGAGGUACAAGAAAACGACGUUGUUUGCGGCUGGUCUUGCAUACUUUGUUUACAGGCGACAGCAACGGCAGCGCAACCGGCUGGAUCGUGCACCAAUCAUCGACGGCACAAUGCUUGCCUGGCGCAUCCAUGAGGGCUCCAUUAUCGAAGCCCCUGAGCCCAUGUCAUUCGAGCUGAGCUGGCUCAGCCGGUUCCUCCGCAAACUCUCUGGAAAGAACGACGAAAUGAGCAUGCUGCGGGCGCUGAUGGCCCUGGAGAUGGCCGCGGACGACCCACGCAUCAAGGGGCUGGUGGUCAAGCUGGGACCAGCCCCAGACUCCAACGAGCAGACAAACUCUACCGGCACUGGGCUAGGCGUUGCCCAAGUCCAGGAGCUGCGCCAGGCGCUUGAGCAGUUUAGAGCCAAGAAGGAGCAGCAGCUGGGGGCAGGCAGCGGCCGCACGUACUUUUAUACUGACUCGUUUGACGACCAGCUCACCUACUACCUGGCGUCGGCAUUUAGCGACAUCAUCGUCCAGCCCACUGGCCAGCUGCCGCUGACGGGUCUGUCGGGCACACAGAUGUACUUCAAAGACCUGCUGGACAAGAUUGGGCUCAAGAUGCACGUCGAGGCGCGCAAGGAAUAUAAGAGCGUGGUGGCCCCUUAUUCCCAGUCGUCAAUGCCCGAGAAGCACCGCGAAAACAUGAUGGACUUGCUAAACUCGCUCAAUGACACCAUUAUCGACGACAUUGCGACAUCGCGUGGCUCGAGCAUUCUGAGCCAGUGCAAGGACACGCACAUUAAGGCUCAGGACAUUGUCCGCAAGGCCAUGGAAGAGGGCCCGAUUAUCGCCCCCGAUGCCCUGGGGUCGGGUCUGGUCUCGGCGCUAGGCUACACGUACGACGUGGCUUCCAUUGUUGGUCCACGUAAGCUUACUCUAAUCAACACCUAUGCGGAUGCGCGGCGUCUUGAGAUUGAGACCAAUGAGAUGAGUGGCGGCGCCUAUGAUGAAAGCGGGUCGACAAAGGAACUCGCAAAGAGCAUGCUGAUAUCCAGCGACAAGGCUGCGAUGGCCUCGGCCCUGAAGCUCCUGGAAUCAGACCAGCCUGUGACUGUCGGCGUGGUCUACUUACUGGGCGGAAUCGAGCGGUUUGGUCCGCGCGGUGCCAAGGCCGUUUGCCAGUCUCUACUUGACGCUGCCAAGGACCCGACAGUCUCGGCUAUCGUCCUGCGUAUCGACUCGGGCGGCGGCGAUGUGAUUGCCAGCGACACUAUUGGCGCCUAUGUCGACUAUGUGCAGGACAAGUUUGGCAAGCCUGUGGUUGCAUCCUACGGCAACGUCUCUGCAUCUGGAGCCUACUACGCUUCGACGUCGUGCAAGCGCAUUUUUGCCAGCCCAGGAACAAUCACUGGCAGCAUUGGCGUUGCAUCAAUGCGGCCAGUGGUAACUAAGAAGCUGCUGGAGUUUAUUGGCACCAAUGUCGAGGAGCUAUACACUGUUGACAACAAGUCUGAUUCGAUUUUCCGCGAGCCAGAAGGCGCGGCACUCGAGCGCUACCGCCGCACCAUCGACAUCAUCUACGACGACUUUAAGAGCCGCGUUGCCAAGGGCCGUGGAUACAGCAGCGACCAGGUCGAGGAUGUCGCCCGUGGCCGGGUGUUUACUGGUGUCCAGGCUCUACAGAACGGACUUGUUGACGAGCUGGGCAGUUUCACGCGAGCCAUCGAGGCAAGCGCGCAGAUGGGUUUCGAGGCACGCACCGACAUUGCCACGAAGCUUGCCGAAUUCUACUCACAGAGGCUCAUCAAUAGCGUGCGGCAUAAGGCAGUGGCAGCGGGUCUCUUUGACUCUGUGGACAAAGCCCAAGAGGAAUCGCCAGUCGACAUCAAGGUCGUUGCGAGUGGCACUGACCCGGAUGCUGAGACCAUCAAGGAUGGUGUUUUGAAGGGUGCUGUGUACAAGAAGGGCGCUUUCACGGCGGAUCUGCUGAAGAACGUCAAGGUCAAAGUGUUCCCUGAGGAGGCAUCGGUUGCACGUCGUCUGAUUUCCAAGGCCAGGAAUCUGGGCGGCGACGGCGAUGGCGACGACAGUGCUGAGGAUGUUCAGCUGGCAGCUGGCGAUACCUCCAGCUCAUUCUUUGGUACUUUUGCCAAGACUGCAGUUCGUUCGGCCUUAGCCGAAGAGAUUGAGCGAAUCCUGUCCAAUCCAUCGUCCGCAUUCAAGGGCAAUAAGGCUGGUGCUCGCUUUGAGUCAGACGAUAUCAACUUCAAGUAGAUUAGUUCUUGUAUGAAUCUAGUAGACCUUGAGUAUAAUAUUUGUCAUUAUCC